AGGGCGGGCUGAAGACGCGUCGUUCGGGCUCGGCGACGGGGGCAGAGCUGCCGGCGCGGGCGCUGCGUGAGAGCCUUUGUCAGGGCGCGGGCCGGAGACGAGGCCCUCGAGAUCCCCGAUGGUGUCCAUGACUUUCAAGCGGAGCCGCAGCGACCGGUUCUACAGCACCCGGUGCUGCGGCUGCUGCCAUGUCCGCACCGGGACGAUCAUCCUGGGGACCUGGUACAUGGUGGUAAACCUAUUGAUGGCAAUUUUGCUGACUGUGGAGGUAACUCAUCCAAACUCAAUGCCAGCUGUCAACAUUCAGUAUGAAGUUAUUGGUAAUUACUAUUCAUCCGAGAGAAUGGCUGAUAAUGCCUGUGUUCUUUUUGCCGUCUCUGUUCUUAUGUUUAUAAUCAGUUCCAUGAUGGUAUAUGGAGCAAUUUCCUAUCAAGUGGGUUGGCUGAUUCCAUUCUUCUGUUACCGGCUUUUUGACUUCGUUCUUAGUUGCCUGGUUGCUAUCAGUUCUUUCACUUACUUGCCAAGAAUCAAGGAAUAUCUGGAUCAAUUACCUGAUUUUCCCUACAAAGAUGACCUCCUGUCAUUGGACUCCAGCUGUCUCCUCUUCAUCGUCCUUGUGUUCUUUGCCUUAUUCAUCAUCUUUAAGGCUUAUCUAAUCAACUGCGUUUGGAAUUGCUAUAAAUACAUCAACAACAGAAAUGUGCCUGAGAUUGCUGUGUACCCUGCCUUUGAAGCACCUCCACAGUAUGUCUUGCCAACCUAUGAAAUGGCGGUGAAGAUGCCUGAGAAAGAACCGCCGCCUCCCUACAUCCCUGCUUGAAGAGAGUCUGCCUUCGUCAAUAAACCCUAUACCAGCUUUUUGUCUUGUUUAUUUUACAGAAUGCUGCAAUACAGGGCUCUUCAAACUUGUUUGAUAUAAAAUACAUUUUACUUUGUUUAAGCAUUUAUUUUCAAACACUAACAGGCUUUUUGGAUACCUAUAAAUAGGGGUUUUUGUUAAGUCUAUUACAUUUUAGUAGUUUUUGAAGACAAUCUAGGUUAAGAGCAAAGUGCCAUUGUUUGCCUUUAAUGGGGGGGGGCGGGAUGGGGAUGUUCGCCACACAAUUUCUUUUUUAACUUUGCACUUUCUUUACAAAAUAAGAGUUUGCAUUUUGGUUAUUUGCUACCCUGGAUACUUUCAGGAAGAAUGGAUUAAAUAUUCAGGGCGAGUGAGUUGGAUAUAAGAUCUGAGCUUUUCAGCUGUGAAAGUGGGACACUAAUGUUUUAACUGACUGUGGAAGAUGAUGACUGCAUGUUUCUAAUUUGUAUGUGUUUCCAUCUUUGUUAUAAGAUGCUUUAAUAAAUCUCUU